UUGGUCAACAGCUGGAACAACAGGUAGCGGAAACACGACGUGGCCCGAGCUUGCAGGAUACUGUCCCUGUAUUCAUUGCGUCCGCCAUGGAGCCGCCUCUGUUUCCCCAUGAGUCUGGGCAGUUCAUAGCAGAGCGGAGUCGGGAUGUGUUUGUGGAGGAGGAGGGAGUGCAGAAGGUAGCAGAGAUGCUCUACAGCCUCCGACACAGUGACGAUCUGACCGCCAGCGGCUGGAAGAAGGCAAAUCCGUUGGCUCCAGCGCCUACCUCUGACCAGGCCUUGAACUGGGUGUUUGUGGUCGACACCAUGAAUUUCUCCUUUUGGCCAGAGGAAGAAACGCAACAGUGUGAGGUGACCUAUAAAGGGACCACGUACACAGGCUACAUGACCCUGUAUGCUGCCAUCACCAGGGCCAUGGAGGAAGGUAUACCCAUCACUGAUCCAAAGUACUUCUCUCAGAUGAGCGUGGAGGAGUUGGCACACGUCCUUCGGUCAGACAAUAAAACACCCAUGCCCAUGCUUCAGGAGCGCCACCAGGUGCUGACUGAAGGCGGCCGCGUGCUGCUGGAACACGGUGGAAGCUUCCGGAGUUUUAUCAGCCGAGCCGGGAACGACGCCCGGAAGAUGGUGGAACUGAUCGUAGAGAAGAUCCCAUCCUAUAGGGACGAAGCUACAUAUGAGGGGAAGAGAAUCUCGUUCUACAAGCGAGCCCAGAUCCUGGUGGCAGAUUUCUGGGGCAUCAUGGAGGCCAGAGGAGAGGAAGACACCAUUGACAUUGACUGGCUCACCAUGUUCGCAGACUACAGGGUCCCUCAGGUUCUCGUAUACUUUGGAGCACUACGAUACUCUGACGCACUGAUGCAGGCCCUGAAGAACGGCGAGCUGCUGAGUUCAGGGGACAGACGAGAGGUCGAAAUCCGAGGUUGUUCAAUUUGGUCUGUGGAGCUGAUCAAAGACCGUCUUUGCAAGCUGGUGCAGGAGAAAGAUGGACAGACCUGCAACAUAAACUCCGCAAUCAUCGACUUCUACCUGUGGCCUUACGCCAAGCAGCACCACAAAGAGAUGGCCCACAUUCCCAUACACCACACCCGCUGUGUUUACUACUGACAAGUUAGCUGGCAGAGUUACUUACAGUAGGCUGCACUUCUCAAUGUGCAGCCUUGGCAUGGGUACCUUUCCCUGGGAUAAAGCCAAGCGUGUCUCUGUGCCAGAUAUAUGUACAAAUGGGCUUCUCACUCGCUGCAAUGGAAGCAAGUGUCAAGCUUAAAUGUAGCUUGUUGGUGUAUGUGGGAAGUAGCACUGUUGGCCAUUUGCAGGCAAUUAAAAUGUUUACUGUUCAUGUGGAACAUUUUCCAAGAAACUUCUCACUGUAAUGGAGAGCAGCUGAUCAUAUACUGUAUGUAAAUGUACAAUGAUGAACACAUCUGUGUCUCUGCAGAGAUUUUAACUUGUAAAGGGACACUGAUCAAACUGUGAAAAUAAAACAUUUUGAUUAGAGAGUAUAUGUUA